UUUUGUGCAAGGUUUAUGAAGUACCUCCUUCUCGUUCACUCACCACGCGCUGAAGAGGUCAGUGGCUCUCUUUUCACCUGGAUCUCAACCUUUUCGCUCGAGAACAAGAGAAAUAACAGCAAAAUGUUGGGUGAAACUCCUGACAUAGUAGAGUUUUUAAGAGGGCUGCCAGCUCCAGUGUGUCUCCUCCUGUUUUUACCCUUCGUUCUAUUCACAUCACAAAUAUCCCCCGUCUAUGGCAUUCAGGAGUUUCCAGUGUUCAGAAUGCACCAGUAUGAUUUGCACGGCACAAAAUACGGAUCAAGAAGUGCUUUAGUCAAUCUGGAAGCAAGACCAUUUUCAUCAAAUAACCUAGCAAGACGUUGUGCUGUUGCAAAGCUAUCAGAAGUCACUAUAGACAGGUUGAAAUCAAAGAUAAAUGAUGGCCUCUCGGCUCUUCUUGUACUGCUGCCAAGCAAAUAUCCUGACAUUUCUGAAGAUGACAGAAUUUAUUAUCAGCAACUAGAGAUUCAGUUUCUGGAAACAGAUGUGCCCAUCCCUGUGUACUUUGCACAUGAAAGCAAAGACUUGCUGGAACUCUAUGAGAAGGUGACUGCGUCAAUCACAAGCGAUGCUGCCACUUCUGCAUUGAAAGCUCUCACAACCAUCGCAUCGGCCAGUGCAUAUCAUUUGGUGUCUUCAGCAUCAGAGUCAAAGCAGCUUCCAGAUUUUCCAAUCAUCAGUUUACAGGGAAAACUUCCUGGUCAAGGCUUAGAAGAUCAACUUCCUACUAUUGCCAUUGUGGCUCAUUAUGACAGUUUGGGCAUGAUCCCUAAACUUGCAAAUGGUCCAGAUGCCAAUGGUAGUGGCGCUGUGGCUUUGUUUGAGCUUGCCAGGCUGUUUUCGAAGCUGUAUUCACAAAGCAGUACACAUGCAAAAUACAAUUUGUUAUUUUUCCUCUCCGGUGGUGGCAAGUUUAAUUACCAAGGCACCAGAAGGUUUAUUGAUGAAAACUUAGAGUCAUCAGAAAUCAGCCUGCUAUCAGAAGUAGACUAUGUCCUGUGUCUUGAUUCAUUGGGAGGAGGAACAAGCUUGAAUUUCCAUGUUUCAAAACCACCAAAGGAGGGAAGCACUGCGUAUCAAGUUAUGGAGGAAAUGAAAUCGCUUGUGAAAGAGAUGUACCCAGAGGUGACAUUUAAUAUGGUGCACAAGAGAAUUAAUCUUGCGGAUGAAAUGCUAUCUUGGGAGCACGAGAGGUUCUCUCUAAGGCGGCUGCCAGCUGGAACCAUUUCUCGUUUUGAGUCCGUAACUGAUCACGAUAGGAAGACUUUGUUCAGUAAGAAAGUCGAUGUGAAUGUUUUGCAGAGAAAUGUGAAAAUAGUUGGGGAGGUGUUGGCAAGGCAUAUAUUCAAUCAUUCUGGCAAGCCAGCGUCAAAACAUCUCGAAAUCCUUGCAGGAUCAUUGGAACCAGACCGGGCCAUUAUGUCAUCUUUGCUGCACCAAAUCACAAGUGAGUCAAGAAGCGCCUUUCUGGUAACAAAAGAGAGCUCUUUUCUCAAAACAUCAGAAGAGAUAUUAUCAAGAUAUGUUAAAGAGGUCAAAAGAAUGACCGCCCGAGCUGACAAAAAGGACCCAGAGUUCACUUUUUACGACAACUUUGAAGCAAAGAUGUCCGUUUACAGUGUAAAACCGGCCCUAUUCGAUCUUCUGUUGGCAUUGUUCAUCGCAAUGUACCUAGGGGUCGUCUAUCUCCUAAUAGAGAAUUUUCCACUUCUCCUUGAAUUGUUCCCGAAGCCUGUUACUAAUGGGAAAUGCCACUAGACUGAAAAAUCGACGAGAAUCAUUUCAUCAAGAUGCCAGAGGACGAACUGAUGAAACAUUAAAUGUGAAGCAAUUUAUAG